ACAAAAGGCGGAAGUUGGUGGGGCACGACGAGCGACAAAGCGGCGAGCUAAAAUUGUAUACUUGUGGUUGCUAAAACAAAACGUCAAACUGGCCGAAUAAUUUCUUGGCAUUCCGACUGUUUGAGAGAACGAUGGCGUCGCGCAAGGAGCAACUUUGUCGAGCGAGAGAGAAGAACGGGCGACAAUCAAAACAACAGGACGCCAUUUUCUUCAUCCAAGGUCUUCUUAUUUUGACAGUUUAUUAAUGAACCCGCUCGUUCCUGCGGAAAGCCCAAUACUCCAAACUCAUGAAAAGGUCACAUGCAAUAAUGUACACAUCAAACAAUUCCAGGUUUUAUUGCAAUGCUUCAGGAUAAGACAGUAUUUUUUGACAUCUUAUUCCCUGUCAGUAUACACAGAUCAUUAGAUCUGACAACACUUGAGCAAACCAACAUAAAACUGACCGUGAGAAAAACAUUGAAAACACAAAUCGGGAACGUGCAGGAGCGUUUGGGGGCGUGCGGGGGGCGGUUCUUAGAAAACGGACACACAGACUUUGAGUUUUAAGUAUAUAGAUUAAUUCAAUGGAUUUACACGGGGCAAUUCUGAACUAAGGCUGUGAGUCCAUGCGCGUAAAUGUGUGUACUGAAAGAUCACAAAAUGCAAAAGUCAAGCUUUUUUUACGUGUGUAAAAUUUCAAACAAAAGACUUACAUGGGAUAGCCAUUAUGUAAGUACAGUAUGUUACUAAAAUGUUCAAAAUACCUGCAUAUUAAAAUAUCAACGAUAUCACUGGCUAGAGUAGUGAUACGUGAAUAAAAUGAGCCCUAGUUUGUAAAAAUCGGAGAAGGACAAAGGAUUUUAUGCCACUUUUUAUGUCGCUUUGGGGAGCGGGUGGGAGUGUCGAUGUCAAGAAGGAUUGCCACGUGGUCGGAGAUGGGGAGAUUGAUGCUGGACAGUUGUUGAAUGGUGAGACCAGUGGAGCAGACCCGAUCCAGGAUGUGACCCCGGUGAUGGGUGGCAAAGUUAACAUGUUGGAUGACAUUAAAGCAAUGUAGUAGUGUCAUGAAUUCUGUGGCGAGUUUACAGUUUGUGUUGUUAAUAUGGAAGUUGAAAUCACUGAGUAGAAUGGAAGGAGAGGUGGCAGACAGGAGGGUCAGGAAUUCAGAGAAAUCUGAGAAAAAGGAGGGGUUUAACUUGGGAGAGUGGUCGAUGAUGGCAAUGACCAGUGCAGUGGGGCCCUACAGUUUGAAAACCAGAUGCUCGAAUGAGUCAGCGGAGGGGAUGGAAACUGUGGUUGUUUUUAUGGCUUCUUUGAAAAUGACGGCAACUCCACCUCCCUGCCCUCCACAGCGAGGCUUGUCAAAGUGAGUGAAACCGGUGGGUGCUGUUUGAUUUAAAGAAAAAUGGUCUAGAGGCUUUUGCACUCACGGCGCUGCAGCCGCCAGGCUGGAGGUUGCUCGGAAUAGCUGCCACCACAGUGCAGAGUGGCGCUCCGCCUGGAGCACCCUUGGCCACAGCAGAUGAUCUGGUGUUCAACUUCAACAGACAGAAAAUAUGAGCCAUCAUGGCGGGUCAGAUUAACCUCAUAAGCAACCUGGCCAGUGGCCCGUCCAAAAAAUUUGUGUGAAUUGACCAGUUUACAUCACAUUUGCCAGAAGCAAAAAAAAUAUAUACUCUAAAACGAAUUAUCAUAUGGAUUUGAAAUAUGAUCUUACUCAUCCAGAUGUUUUUGAGGGGUUUUGUCAACCAUAAAUUUGGGGAAAUGUUCAAGUAUUAUAAUGCGUGUACAUGCUCGUUAUAUAAAUUUCAAAGUCGUAAGUAAAACUAGGACACGUGUCCUCCGUCAUCAGUAGCGGUGUAAAGCAUACAGUAAGCGUAAGUAUCACGACUCAAAUUGCAUGAUCAAGAGUGUGACUCGUUGAGUGACCACUUCCAACAGCAAGUCAGCGGCGGAUACACGCAUACCGAGUUAUUAUGAGUUUUUUUCCCCACGAGUAGUUAAUGACUUGUAAAACUUGAAUGAAAAGGACACAGCAGGUUCGCAAUAAUGAAAAAUUAAAAAUAAAUAAAUAAAUCAAUGUUCACAAAACUGGUGUCUUAUGCACAGUACAGUAUACCACACAUUUAUAUUCAGUAACGUUUGCUUGUACAUCAACAAGUAAAGGGACCUGUGUUCAACUUGGAUGAAUACACCCGGACAGCUCUCGCUGGAUGAGUAUAACCCUGCUGUUACUGUAUGUUGCUAGUCAAAUUGACCCAUUUCACAGUUUUAAAAUAUACUGAAUAUUAUAUUUUGAAAAUUGAUGUAGCUUCUUCUGUUGAUCUUUUUUUUUGUCAUUUUCUUGUUUUUUUUUUUAUUACAUCUUUUAAAAAAAAUUUUUUUUCAAAUGUUGAAACAGCCUAAUGUUGAAACGGUGGCCGACUGGUUAGAGCGUCAGCCUCACAGUUCUGAGGACCCGGGUUCAAUCCCUGGCCCCGCCUGUGUGGAGUUUGCAUGUUCUCCCCGUGCCUGCGUGGGUUUUCUCCGGGCACUCCGGUUUCCUCCCACAUCCCAAAAACAUGCAUUAAUUGGAGGCUCUAAAUUGCCCGUAGGCAUGACUGUGAGUGCGAAUGGUUGUUUGUUUCUAUGUGCCCUGCGAUUGGCUGGCAACCAGUUCAGGGUGUACCCCGCCUCCUGCCCGAUGACAGCUGGGAUAGGCUCCAUCACGCCAGCGACCCUAGUAAGGAGAAGCGGCUCAGAAAAUGGAUGGAUGGAUGAAACAGCCUAACCCACCCAUGUUCAUGCUAUGUGAUGUCAGGCAGCCGACCAGGGGGGGCUCCACUUUGGAGCAUCCGCAGCCCCCCUAUGUUAAAGAUGAAGAGGAGCAGGCUGAUUUCAGCGAGUUGCCACUGACCGUCAUCGUUGUGAAGAUCGAAGAAGAUGAAGACGAACCACCUCAGUCGGCGCAGCUUCAUCAUCACAGUUCGAGUGGAGACCACUGUGAAGGAGCACCAUCAGACAAGCUCUUACCUCCACUGUCAGAUAGCCACAACACGGAAGAUAGGAACGAUGCAGACUGGGAAGGUGAUGACAAAUAUUUGAAAAAGGAGACAACUCUUAACAACAAGAAAGGAUCUCAAACACGUAGAAGACCUCACACACGUAAAGAAGGUUUGACCUGCUCAGUUUGUGGUAAAAGAAUUCCUUAUGAGAGUACUCUGACUGAACACAUGCGGACACACACGGGAGAAAAACCCUUUAGCUGCUCAGUUUGUGGCGAAGGUUUUGCUCGAAAAGCAAAUAUGAAUAGACACGUGCAGACACACACGGGAGAAAAAGCUUUCACUUGCUCAGUUUGUGAUAAAAGCUUUUCUUAUAAGCACAGUUUGAAUGUACACAUGACGGAACACACGGGGGAAAAACCUUGGCGCUGUUCAGUUUGUGCUCAAUGUUUUGCUCGAAGGGAACAUUUGCACGUACACGUGAGAGCGCACACGGGAGAAAAACCCUUCAGUUGCUCAGAUUGUGGUAAAAGUUUUGCUUCCAAGCAAAAUUUAAAUGUACACACGAGGACACACACAGGAGAAAAACCCUUUAGUUGCACUCUGUGUGACAAAAAAUUCACUCAGAAGUUUUAUUUGAAAGCACACACGCGGAAGCACAACAGUAAAUAAUUCCUUCUUGUUUUGAUAGUCACUAAAAUACACUGUGACGUCACCAUAGAGACCAAUAUCUCAUUGUGACAUUUCGUGACUCAAAAAAUGGUCGUACAAUAUAAACAGUCACAAGUCACAUGCUUUUGCUGCUCUUAUUUGCAAUAAAGACAAUGCAGUAGA